AUGGUCUCCGUCUGUGGCUGGCAUGAACACCAGGAGCGGCGACGGGGGGACGUGCGGGGGGAUGAGGAGGAGCCGCUCUCCUGCUGCCCGACGGAGAAGAUGACGACGGAUGCCAACCCGGAUGAGAGACAGCAGCAGCAGCAGCAGCAGCAGCAGCAGCAGCAGCUGUCAGGCUUACUACGAGGCUGGGAGCCGCUCCCCCGCCUGAAGGAAGGGGACGUCACAACAGACGCCAACCCGGAAGAAGACCGGCGACGAACAACGCCGGUGCCGGUCAAGCUCGUGACCUGGGGCUGGGCGACCGCCUGGCUGUGCGCCGCCGCCGCCCUGGUGGGGCUGGUGGUGGUGGUGAUGGGCAUCGGCCGGAACAACCCUCCGGUGGACUGGUCGGCUUGGACAGAAGGCGCCCGGUCAGCCGCGGCGGCGUCUACUACCGCGACGACAAGCGCGGGUGACCCCCCCCCCCCGCAGUGGCGGGANCGGAACAACCCUCCGGUGGACUGGUCGGCUUGGACAGAAGGCGCCCGGUCAGCCGCGGCGGCGUCUACUACCGCGACGACAAGCGCGGGUGACCCCCCCCCCCCAGCAGUGGCGGGAGAUUUCGCGGGGGGUGGAGGAGAAGGGGCUAGCACGGCUAGGAGAGGGGGGGGGGACGGAGACGAAGCGGCGGGGCAACCAGGGGGAGUGCACCGGCUGGUGUCCGAUUGCGCGCGGCAGCUUAUGCUGCCCGGGUUCAGCUGCGACGAGCCGGUGCUCCAGGACCAGUACCGGGUGCCCUUGAUGGAGUCCGGGAACGCGUCCUGCGGGUUCGAGACCCUAAUGCCGGACGAGAAACUCUUGGACUUGGCCUUAAAGUACGAGUUCCUGUUCAUCGGAGACAGCACGACUCGCAGGCUCGCGGAGAGCUUCGUGUCGAUCGUGUCGGGGCGGGCGUCAACCCACCCGGUCGUGCACCACCGCAUCGACAUGUCCAGGGGGGACCUCAAGGUUACAUUCCUGUGGGCGCCUUGCUGCUCCGUGGACGGCGGGAUCAGCGCCGCCGUACGGGAUGCCCUAGGCUUCAGGAGUAGCACGUACGGUAGCGGCAACAACAACGACGGCGACGAUGAAAACGACGAUGAGAACGGCAGCCCCAGGCGCACCGUCAUCUUCACGGCGUUCGGGGUCCACGACGCCACGGAGCUGCGCAAGGCCGAGAGGGACCCGGAGCUGAACCAGUGGUACCCGAUGGGUCUCCCGCAGGAGGCUGUGGCGGCGCAAGGGCCGACGGCGGCCGCCCUCGAGACCUGCCGGGACGCCACCCGCGAGCUCGUCGAGGUGGCGGCGGCGGCGGCGGCGGCGGCAUCAUGGGCAUCAGCCGGGGACGGCGGCGGCGACGUCGGCAAUAAUCCGUCUUUAUCGGAGGCGACAGGAGAAGGGGGAGAGGGUCAGGUAGUAGUCAACGCGGACGGCAGGAGGGACGGCAUCGCGGACAAGAAGCUCCGGGGCGGCGGCGGCGUGUCGUCCGAGGUGGCGGUGCACGAGUCGGACGGACACAGCAGCAGUAGCAGUAGGAGCACCGACGCCGGGGACGGCGGCGGCGGCGGCGGCGGCGGUGGUGCGUGGCCUCCUCCACCCCUGGUCUUCCUGCUGCAGAACAACCCGUUCAACCCGCGCAGCGAGCUGGACUACUUCCUGCAGCAGCUGCACAGGAUCCAGGAGCAGGUCAUAGACGAAGCUGCGGCGAAGCAAGGCUGCGAACAGCAACAACGAGGAGGAGGAGGAGGAGGAGGAAGGGUGUUCUUGCUGCGGGAUAGAGAUAGCCUGUACAGCAGCAUGUCGUGCUACCGCAUCGACGGCUCGAUCCACUUCCACGAGCCGGUCAAGCUCGUCGAGGGGAAGAUGCUGUGGCAUCUGGUUGAGAUUGCUGGGGCAAGCGGGAGCUAGAGGGGCAUGAUGCUCUGGCAUCUGAUUGAGAAUUGCUGGACUCCAGUUGUUGCGUUUCGAGUGCGGCUUUGGUUUCGAGGGUCGGCUGUUGUGUUUUAGGGCCUGCGCUAAUGCGAAUGUCUCGUUUUGGCCGACGAUCGUUUCUUAUUAUCUCUGUAUAGGGUAUAUACCCCCAGAAGCGACUAUAUACAAUGGGUUUAGUGUAGACUUUUUCAGUUGAGCACCUGUUGUUCUUACUCCCAACUUUUGAAUUGUGUCUGUUUUGAGCCUGAACUUCGUAUGUUGGAAGGCAAUCGUUGUGGUGGCUGGGAGUAGGGGUUCUCUCGAUAUCCCCUUUGACUCGUAUUUGGCUUUAUUCUUUGGAGAAUACACCCGACAACUGGGGAGAUUUGUUGUGUGAGAACUCUCUCGACACCAAGAGACUACCUUGUUGGACACAAGAUGACGCACGCCCUGGACCGAUUUUCAAAGCUCGAUUUUGUCAACAGCAGAAGAGUCGCAGCGCCGAAAACGGCGGCUUUUGAAACCGUCUGGUCGAGAGCUCUACCAUACCGAAUCGUUCGUGUAUGCAUGGUCUUUUGGUCUUAGCGUCAUCGAGCCUUGAACAUCGGCCCAGCGGGUGUGUUAUCUUGUGUAGUAUACGGUAGGUCGGUACCGUGGAUGUCGUAUUUGCAUUUGCUGUUCUUGUUGUGGUUGUGAUGGAUGGGAACGGACGGUUAUUUUAACGGUUAGUUUUGACUUUUUUUUUCUGCCAUUGAAUCUUGCGAUGUUGAAAAGGGUGAUACCACAAGUUAGGGAGAUUGUGCGAGAGUUCUCUCGACCGCAAGAGACUAGUUUCUUAACAACGUGGAUGUCGUAUUUGCUGUUCCUUGUUGUGGUUGUGAUGGCUAGGAGCGGACGGUUCUUUGAGCAGUUAGUUUUGACUUGUUUUCUCGUUUUUUUGUCUCGGAGGAUAAGACCAAAAGCUGGGGAGAUUUUUUCGCGCAAGAAUGACGACUCGACACCGAGAGGUUAGGUAGGAAAAGCGGACGGAUGUCGUUGUUUGCUGCGCUUGGUGGAUGUUGCAGCCGGUUGCGAAGAAUGUCUCUACAAUGCUCGCCAAGAAAAAAAUGGCCGAAGCGGGUUCCAAAUACCUCGGAAAAAAUUGCGCCCCCGAGUUAUUCAUGUGGCCUUGCAGAAAGCUCGAGAGACGAAUGAUAUCCGUUUGAAUGUUGCAGUGUGACGGAGGAUGGUGUGGGGUAUAUUCGCGCAACCGUGCAUGCCGUGGUCAUUAGACGUCGCAUCCCUUCAAUGCCGGGACGGAGCGAUUUGCUGGGUUUGAGCUCACCCAGGCUACGUUUCACAAGGAUGGAUGAGUCAGGACUUUAUCAUGCUUGCGUUUGCUGUGUCAUGGGUUGAUCGGGCAUUCCGCCCGGUGGCGGGGGUAACCUAAUGUUUUUCGUACCUUAGCGGUUAGAUCAUUGACCGCGCGUCCUCAAGUGGACGGAGCAGCAUUGUUCCCACAGCAGGAUCGAUCACCGAUGGUCAUGAAGGGGAGGGGGGGGAGCGUCUUUGGAGAUGUGUGGGGAGAGCAUCACUUGUAGUCUAGCUUAAACACAGCAAUCCGCCAGAUAGCGUGGCCACGGUACUGGUGUGGUAACAGCCAGUUAGAGCGGGUGUUCGGUUUUUCACCAUGCACCACGUGUGUUGGUGUAGUUUUUUUAAUUAUUCGCUGUUCCUGGUGCUGUGACCCGGAUGUCAAUCGAUGCUGCCCGGGUACCCAAAUUGUGCAGUCUAUGCAUAUACGUGUGUAAGGUACGUACAAAAGCGAAGGGGCGGAGCAUGGAUGGCCACCACCAUACAUCACAAUGGCACCACCGUGAGUUCUUCGGUGCUACAUAUCAGUCCCUGUUUUUCAAUGCAUCUCAACCGCACCAGGUCUUCGACGAAGACCACAGUUAGCGCCACCCACUUGGAAAUCUCUAAUUUCGGCCGAGGGUGGGGUAUUUGGUUCCUAGGGAUGUGCUGCCAAUGGCCGCCAUAUAGGUUCUAGCGUAGGGGUUCACCCUCACGCUCUAAGGUUUUGACCGCUUAUAGGUAGUAUGGUAGGGGCUCUUAACCGAGAGCUCCCUAGACUAAGCUAUCAAGUUUUGAUAUUUUUCGAGGCUACAUCGAUUUCUUCUUGACUUCCAAGUUCUUCAGUGCGGGCGAACUGCUGGACAUUUCCAUGGCAGCAGUAGUAGCAAACUUUGUGGCGAGGGGAAAUCGAAGGCAAAAAAAAAAAAGGGGGCGCUACCGUUCCUGAAAAUAUUGUGGGGCCUCAAUCCGCGUGGUGGGGACAUAAGUAGUCGUUGUUAGUAAACUUGAUC